GGACCUUGCAUUUCAACUUUAUUAAACUUCAGGUUUUAUAUUUUCUCGCAGUUACCAGAUUCUUCCUGAGCACUGUAAGGCACAGGGACCUCGUUUUAUUACACAAAGCCCGGGUUAUCCUACGCUCCCAGACACCAGCCCGUUCCCACGGCCCUCGUUCCUCUUCACUGAGCGGCGCAGGGCAAGGAAGCGGUGAAGGGUCUGGAGCGCACAUCUCCCAUUAGGAGUGGCUUAGUGGGGGUGCUUAGCCUGGAGAAAAGGAGGCUCAGGGGUGACCUUCGCUCUCCACAGCUGCCUGGAAGGAUGCUGGAGUCAGGUGGGAACAGCCUCUUCUCCCAGGCAACCAGCGACAGGACAAAAGGACACAGGUUGUGCCAGGAAGUUAUUUUAGAAGGAGAGAAUACAUCUGAGAAACAAGAUGUCUCAUGCUGGGAGUCGAUACCAAGAUAAGCGGUACAGGCACCAUGAGAACCAUAGAUCUGAUAGAUACAAGGAAGACAGAAGAGAAAGAAAACCAUACCCAUACAAUGCAAGAGCAACAGGAGACAUCCAAGGUGGCCAGCACUCAAGGAACUCUACUGUUUGCUCAGAUCCUUACUCACAGGAGUAUUUUGUCCCAACACCAGAGUUUUAUCCUCCCAAGGAAAGCUUCUCAAUGAAGUGCUCAAAGGUAUGCACAACAAGAGGCAUUUUGAAGUUUGUGGAAAUCACAGUUAACCUCCUGGUGCUGAUUUGCGUGGGCGCUUCCCAAGCUUCUGUUGCAGGCUUCACGUCCCUUGGAGGCCUCGGAUCAUCCUUUAACCUGAACUGGGCCUACAGCCCCUUCGAGGGCACGGAGCUGCAGGAGGUGAGGGAGCUGGACAUGCAGUUCACCCAGAUGAGAGCCCCUUGCGUGUAUGGCGGAGUGGCCUUCAGCUUAACAGUGGCCACGCUCACCCUCGUCUUCCUCGUCGUGGGGGCCAAACCCAUCCAGCAGCUCCGGCCAGGGCUGCUGGCAGGGGAAUGUGCCUUCAGCCUGCUGGCUGGCCUGGCCUACGCGGCGGCCGUGGGGCUGUACCUGCACUUUGUCAGGCAGGUGAACGCCACCGAGGUGUGCAGGAGGCGCGAGCGGCUCUACGCGCGCCGCGGCUACACCUCCAUGAACUGCGCCGUCCAGGGCGGCGACGCGGCCGUCGGCCUCUUCGGAGUCGUGGCUUCCUGCCUGUACUUCGCCAGCUUUGUGGUCUGCAUCCGGGCUAUCCGCACCGUCAGGGCCUUCCAGAGCCGCGCGGCCGAGGCUCAGCACGGCCCCAAGGGCAGCGGUACAGACAGAGGCGUCAGGAGCCACCAUGCCGUGCACAGGAGCUCCGAAAGCUCCCACAACAUCCAGGCUCUCGCCACAUUGGUGUGAAAUCAGCUCUGGGACUGUGCCAGAGAACUGAGGCUUCAGCAAAGGAUGGACACUGGCACACAGGCAACCGGCCCACAGUAUAUUUUUCUACCAGGUGCUGAAGUGUGUAUUGAAUCACCAAUUAUAACCAUUACAAUGACGUAAUAAAAUCGACAUUGAGUGACUGUUUUAACAAGGAUUUUUGCACCGGUCUCUCAAGAUGGACUCCUGCAUUUAAAAUGUGUUUGAUUGUAAUGUUUUCAUCCUGCACAGAGCAAAUCCAAGCAACAGUGGGCUUUUAAGGGGUUACAACUGUGUUGCUGCCAAAUUUGUGCUAACAACCACUUCCUUUCCUCUCCUGAGACAUAGGGAAUUGAACACACAGCUAGGAUAGGCAGCUUUCAACAGAUCCUGUGCCUGUUGUGUGUCCUGUUCUUUUAUCCUGCAGUGCUUACAAAGCAGAGGACAGCCGAGUGCUUCUCUGAAUCCGAAGUUACACUUGUGACCUUUUUUGCCCAGUGAAGCAUUUUAUCUUUUGAGUCACGGGGGUUGACACAUGCCGAUCAUGUGCUCCCUGAGGAAUGCCGCUGGGGGGAACUAGCUGCCGUGUCAAAGGCAGCAUUCAGGGUCCUACUACGUUUUCCCAUCUCACUGAGCACAGAUCAGAACCUGAGAGGCACCACAAUGGUCAGGUAUCAGCUUAGUAAAGAUACCAUUUAUUUCUGUAAGUGGCUAAACAAGGUUUGGCUUGCUGACUCCACAGCCAGAGGUGGGCUGAGUCUGAAUCGGGAACAUGCUGCCUGCCCUGGGAAUGCUACAACAAUGACAGAAAGUACAUAUAUCCUUCCAAUAUCUAAACAGGCAAAGCAUGAGUGAACAGCAGUAAUUGUAUGCCCCAGGGUUGAGAAAAUAAAUUUAAGAGAACAUCUUUCAAGCGUCCUUUGUUUGACGCAGAUGACAUAGAUCACUGGUCUUCAAAGAUGAGGGAGUGAGAAAAAGAAAAGACUGUUCUUCAAGUGCAUAAGAUCUGUCAGCUUGAGAGGAGAGAAAGCUCUGGCCAUUUUAAUUCUUUUCAGUUUUGUCUGGCCCACAGUCAUUGCGCAGAUGAGGCUUUUUUGAACCAUAGUAGAGCUUAUUUACUGCAUACUUCAUACAUACACAUAUGUAUACUAACACACAGAGAGAUCCCAAAGGAUUGUGUUUGAAGCCAAACAAGAAAAUGUUAUGGUUCUGAUUAGAAUUGAUUACAUAAGCCUUUACAAUAAGUAUCAUUUAUGUAAUUCCUUAAAUAUCCCUUUAACACUUUGAACACCAAAAAGCUCCAUGGCAUUAUUAUGCUUAUGGAGAGACAAGAAUAGUGUUUUUCCAAACUUGCUAUGACUCACAGUCAUCAUAGAGUCAGGAAAUUGGGACUUUGAUUUCUAGCUCUUUGCCAAAGCCCAGACCUUCUCUGGUAUGCUGUAAAGCUGCAAAGUCUGUAAAGGGAUGUCUGGCAUGCAGCUAAAGCUGCAGCUGACCACUUGCUGGGCAUCUCUGCCUGCACUCCUGUUCUGUGCUACACCUUGCACAGUUUGAAAGCAGGCUUAGUUACACAAUAACAUACUGUUAUUAACUUAUACAAACAAUAAAAAGCAGCACCUUGAAAGGACAAAUUCAAAAGAUUAUAAAAUGUUGCACGUAAGAAUGCAUAAAUUCAAAUCAGUCUUUAAAUAUGUGCACAGUAUGAAUUUUAAUAUCAGAGGUUCUUACUCUGUCCUGGUUUUGGAUGCAUGCCUGCCAUCACUGUGUAAAAGCAACAAUCAUUUUGGGACCAUUUUGCUUGUCUCUUUUUUCCUUGUGUCUGUGGUAAAGGCUUCAUUUGCUGCAAGAUAAUUCAGUGUUUAGAAAAUGGUGCACAUAGCUCCACUGUGGAGUAUUGCUGUAGUAUUCCUCCCUUGGACACGUGGGUCCUCACAGUCCAUCCAUUUUGGGUCCCUUUCUGGUUAGCAGGAGCAAUUUUAUGUGUUUUAUGUGAAAAGUCAAAAAGUCAGUCCCAGUCACGUUGUCUCAGCUCCUCACCCAGUGGCUUCCCUGCACUCAUCAUCCCCUCAUGUUUCUAACUUUUACAGCCUCAAGUUUAUUCAUUGUAACAGAACUAAUUCUGCUCUCUUUUAAAAUGGUUCCCUCUUUUCCUGUCACUACAGGCUCUAGUAAAAAGUCUCUCUCCAUGUUUAUCAGCCCUCUUUUUUAUAUUGAAAGACAGAAGGGUCUUCCCAGAGCGUUUUCUUCAGGCUGAACAACCCCAACUCUCUCAGUGUGUCUUCAUAGCCAGCCCUCUCAUCAUUGUCCUGGCCCUCCCAUGGACUCACCCCAACAGGUCCAUGUCCUUUCUGUGCUGGGGACCCCUGAACUGGAUGCAGCACUCUGGGUGGGGUCUCACCAGAGCAGAGCAGAGGGGCAGAAUCCCCCCUUUCACCCUGCUGGCCAUGCUGCUUUUGUUGCAGCCCAGGAUAUGAUUUGCUUUCCAGGCUCCAAGAGCACACUGACAGUUCAAAUCCACGUUUUUAUGCACCAUUUUUUAUCCUCCCUGUCCUUUUCCACAGGGGUGCUCUCGAUCCCUUCACCACCCGGUUUCUACUGAUACUGGUGACUGUCCCAGCCCAGGGGCAGGACCUUGCACUUGGCCUUGUUUGAACUUCCUGAGGUUCACAUUGACCCACUCCUUAGGCCUGGAGACCCUGACAGGUGGCUGUGGAUGGCAUCCCUUCCCUCAGGCAUUCCAGCUGUCAGCUUGGUGUCAUCAACAAACAUGCCAAGGCCCUGCAACACUGCAUGCAGAGGAAAAGAAAGCCCCAAAGAAAGCCACAGCCCAGUGAUUGACAGUUUCUUGAAAGUUUUGUGCCUUGAAUUUGUUUUCUUCCCUGAAAAAAGAUUAUGAGGAAAUAAUAAACAGUGCUGUUUCCUCCACUCACCUUCACAGUGGGAAGUAGAGGAGAGUAGAGGGGAAAAUCCCAGAAAUACUUCUCAGAGGAACUAAGGCAGGAAAGAAAAAGCUUUCCUACCUUUUGGGGUGAAGGACAAGCCAAAUACCAUCAGAGCAAUCCAAACCAUCGUGUUUUCCAACUGCAACAACACCAUGCUUGAUGUGCUCUAGAAGAUGUGAAAGGCUUGACUGCGUGAGCUGGGGAGGUGCAAUACAAGAGCAGAGGUUUUCUUUGAGCCUUUCCCUGCUGCUUGCCCCAUGCAUACACGUGUGUGUGUGCCUUACCUGCAUGCAGCCUUCAAGGUCAGCACUGAAAACAAGCUCAGCUGUCUCUCUGACACAGCCCCUGACAGCUUAAUUCACCUGCAGCCAAAGGACUGCACACAGCCAUCAUUCUCAGUCUCUCUUUGGUAAGGGAGAUCCUCAGGGUGUAUCCAGCUUGCCCUCUGUGACCACCACAGCUUCUCACCUGCUGUGAAGGAAACAAGGAUGGCAAAGGCUAAACCUGCCCUUCUCUAAGAGGCUGUCAUGUGGGUAAACAGCACUGCAUCUCUCAGCCUCAAAGCCUUGGGUACAGCAAGAAGCCUCCUGGCACACCAAGCCUUUUCUGAACCUUCACAAAAAGGAUUAAAAUGGCCACCAAGCCCUAGAGAUGCGAGGAAACGGAUGCAGGUUGCAGGGUGAACUGGAGCUGCCUGGCAAGAGAAAAGCCCCACUGCAGAGACAGGUCACUAGUGAAAGGACCUGGGCUGAGUAGCUCAUUCAUCUCAGAGUUACCUGUGAGACUCCUGGCCAGCCCCUUUGGAUUUAAACCAUCAGUUUGCACCAGUCUGCUUUAAUGUGUGAGCAAACAGCUUCAGUCAGUCAGAGAAAAAAUCCUCCAGCUGAGCCCCCCAGCAUUAGCUACCCACAGAGGGACUAUCCCCCCAAAAACUCUCUGAGAAAAACAAUCUGUCUGAAAAAAUGUGUCUCCAUGCCCUAAUCUUUAGGAGGAGACAAAGGGCAUAAGAUAUUUAGGCUGAGAAAGAUAGAAAAAAGAAAUAAAUUAGAGAGGAGGAAGGAGGGGAUGGAAUUCUCUGCCCUGAUCCUGCAUCCAUACACUGAGUAAACUGCCAUGAAAAUCUCAUCAUGCUGGGCUGUGCACCUCUGAGCACCCAUUUUCCUAGAUGUGUCCUUUAUUCAAACAAAUUGAUAAAAUAGUUCAGUCUGGGGUAAAUCUUGUCCAAAAGAGAGCAA